AACUAAGCUUUUUCCCUUUUUUGUUACAGGUUUUGCAGGAGUAGUUGGUUCUUGCAAGAUGUUAAUUUAACUAUUGAAGAAAAUCGGUGUAUUUGUCUGUGAAUCCCAUCUCUUAACAAUUACAGACAGGUUUCCUGUACUGGGUUAGGGCAAUUAUCAAUGGAUGAAUCUUUUCUUUUCGUUGAUGUUUCUUGAAUCUUGAUUAAAUGCUAGGCUUCACUUAAAAUGGCCCCUUCUUGAGAUAUUAAUUUAAGGCUUAGUUUUUUUUUUAUUGUUCAUUUUCUUAAUUUUCCCCCUUUUUUUUCUGAGAAAUCAAGAAGAAGGAAAGAAGCUAGGGCUUGCUGUUAGAUGUCUCUGGCUUCCUUUCGGGUUUGACAUAUAUAAAGGUUACUUGAUCUUACGGAAUGGAAUAUCAGGCCAUGGAGUGGGAGAGCCAGGGAUAUGAAGAAAACAGUGGAAGGAUGAGAUGGAUCAUAGAUAAAGGAUUGGCUCUGGGGAAGAAGAUGUUGAUUACUGGUUUUGUCAUAUCUUCAGCACCAGUAGUUCUUCCUCCACUUAUGUUCAUCUCAGCAGUUGGGGUUGCCUGUUCGGUUCCCUAUGGCCUUUUCUUAGCAAGUUAUGCUUGCACUGAGAAGAUCAUGAGUAAAUUGCUUCCAAUUCCUAAAACUCCUCUUUUUGUGGAAGAUAGUCUAACAAAAUAUGAAGUAGAUUCUGGGUUCCGAGGAAAGGUUGAGAUGAAAAAUGAGGAUGAAGUGAAUGCUUUGAAGGGGGGACUUUAUGCUCAAAAAGAAUUUGAAGUUGUGGAGAAGAAUGGAUAUGAGGAAGAUGUCAAUGAGGAUGUAGAAAGAGAGAAAGAGUCAUCAAAAGAUAUUGAUAUACAAAUUGAGGGAACAUUGGAAAAGGAGAAAGAGGAGCCACUAAUGGAGAAAAACAAGGAUGCAGCUGAGGAGAUAUGUGGAGUUAUGAUAGUAAUUGAGGGAAUGGAGAAAAAUGUAAGCAAUACUGGAGUGGAGGAGGUGCCAUUUGAAGUGACAAAUGUGGCUGUAGAAUUAUGUCAGGGAGGAGAUAAUAAAGACAACGAAGAAUUGGUGAGGGAGACUAGAGGAUUGAUAGAAAGAAUCAGGGACGAGGGUGAAACUGAUACAAAUGUCAAAGGAACUGUAACACAGUUAGGUGAAGGAAAUGCUUAUGGCCAAAAAGUAGAAGAAAAUGGUGACAAAUUAAUUUUACUUGAAAAUGUAGAGGUGAAAGCUCAGCUGCAGCCUUCUUCUAUAGGUUCUGGUACAUCAGAAGGGAGUGAGCUUGAACAUUCUGGAAUUUCUGAUCAGGCACCUUACAGUGAGGAGAUCAUAUGGAAACAAAUUGAUGCGAUGCGUACAAUAGUGGGACAUACAGCUGCACGACAAGGGACAUAUACAGAGGAGCUUAAGGCUCUUUACAUUUUCACUGGAGUUGAGCCGCCUGUUUCAUUCAAAGAUUCCUCUGAUCUGGCGGAAGUUAGUGAUAAACUGAGGUUUCUGAUGUCUAUUGUUGGAGUAAAAUAAAGGCUCAGUUUAUGACGAGCCUGAUGUUAUGUGUUUUGCAAGCAUCUUCACCAUAUGAGAUAUGGUUUGCUAUGCUGAUAGUGUGGAUUUUGUUGUUUGUGCAAUGUGAAGGGUUUUACUUACAGAAGGUGAUCUCCAAGGUUAGGAGGUUGUGUGUUGAUGUAUUUGAACACAAUUGUUUGUUUUUAGGAAGAGGUUGAAGAUACUUUCCGAGUA